AUGAACUAAAAUGCUUUGAUGCCAAUAUUGUAUUUAGGAAUGAUUAGUUUUGAAUAACAAAUGUUCAACUUGUACUUUGAUUAUUCUAGAACAGGGAAACAAAUAAAUGAAUAAAUAAAAAAUGAAAUGAAAAUUAUAGGAAAUAAAGAUAUGAAUAUGUUAAAUUCUGAAAUAGAUGCUAGAGAUAUAAAAUAGAAUGUGCAAUUUAAGACUCUCUACAAGUAUAUUUAUUAUAAGUAUCAGGUUAUAAGAAUUCAAGCAUUCAUGUACAGUGCCAAAUUUAUAUUAUUUAUAUCCAUUUGCUAUUCCAUUUUCAAUGAUAUUUCCAAGAAUGGCUACUAUUUGUUUUGGUUUCUCUUUUGGAUUAUAGAGUUUGAUCUUUUUUAAUGAUAUAAUAAGGUUUAAAUUGCAAUCAUCAAAUUUGAGAACAAAUAGAAAGAUAAAGGAAUUAAUGGAUGGAAGUGUGACUUUAUUGAUGGUAUCGAUAGGUGUAGUUUGUGGAAGUGUAAUUACAAAAAGAGGAUUUUCAAAUUUAAUAAAAAUUUUGAAGGAAGAAUAAGUUUUAUCAAAAGAGUUGGCUUUAGCUAAAUAAAAUGCUGGGGUUAAUAUUAAAAAAUGAUAGAGAG